AUGAUGCUAUCGAGACGUUUGGAUAAAUUAUCAGCAGGUCUGGCGUUAAGUAACAAAUAUUUACCGGUGCAUACUAUUGUUGAGAAAGAUGAUGUCAAAAAUGUCUUACAAGAUGGGUUUGUUAUUGUACCCGCUCAAACAAAAUUUCGUGAUAUUGUGACAGUUGUUUUGAAAACAAUGGAAGGUGAUAUUGGAAAAAUUGAUAAAGAAGAUUUUGUAGAAGGUCAAAUUUUGAUUAAAAAUUGGAAUCCAUUGCCAAUUGCAACGGUAACAGAGAAUAAAUCGGUCACGGUACAAGAUAUUCUGGGAGAUUUGAUGAAUAUAGCAGUUUUAAAAAUAAAAAUAUCAAAAUAUUCAAAUCCCGAUAUCCGUGAAUUAUAUCAUGAGAAAAAGUCCAUGAAAUUGUUGCGUCAAUUAGUACAAUUGCUGUGUAGUAAUUCAUCAAAUGUAGAUGAAAAUGAAAAAAAUGAAUUUGUCAAUAAAUUAUGUCAAGUAAUUAAAGAAGAAGAACAAGCACGAAUUAUCCCUCUUGCUACCAGUAAUAAUCACAAAAGUGAAUGUUCUCCAACAACAAUUAAUAAUCCAUGUUUAACUCGAAAUAGUCCCGAUUGCACAACAUCGACAUCAAAUGAUGGAGAUUCGCCUAAUGGCGAUAAUCUUCCAUUGAAUUUGUCUAAAAAACAAUACAAUUCUACCACUAAACGUAUGACUAAUAAACCACAUAAUAAUCAUCGUCAUCAAGUAGAUAAAAGUUCCUAUUUAUCGUCAAUAUCGAAAGAUCGAGAACAACGGAUAUCAUCCACAUCAAAACAACAACAUCCUCUUACAAAAACUUCAAGUUCACCGUCAUCUGCUUCUUUAAAUACAUUUGUCAAUCUUCUUACAACAACGCCAUCCGGUUUUCUCUCAUCUAAUUACCUUUUAUCAUCAGAAACAGCAACAGGAAAUAAUAAUGUUUUAAAUGCUGACUUAGCAGAUCGACAACAUUUCUCAUCAUCAUCGGUAAAAGACUAUGCUUAUAAUAGACGUCAACGAGAACGUACAACAUUUGAUCCUACAGAAGAAACGCCACGUUUAUUACAAAUAUUUUCCGAUACAAAACAUCCCACACGAUAUCAAAUAGCGUCAAUAUGUGAAAGUUUAAACGCACUUCCAUGUAGAAAAGGAAAAAAACCAUUGGAACCGUAUAAUAUUCAGUAUUGGUUUAAAAAUGCUCGUGCUGCACUUAAACGUAAAAAACGUCGAUUUGGCGAUCAAUUUUCAGAUUGUAACAAUAAUGAUGAUCAUAAUUUUCAUUUGUCUGGCAUUGAUUUAAAAAAACCCGAUGGAGACGAUGACGAUAUUGAUGAUCACGAGAUGGAUGAAUUAUCACCGGAAGAAUUGGAUGAAACAAAAUUUAUUAUCGAUGAAGAUCCCGAUUUUCAUGAAGACAAUAAAAGUGAUUCUAGUUUCAAUGAAAAUGAUACAAAUUCGGACGUUCAAAAAGACCAAACGGUAGAGCCUCAACUACAAAAACAUUCGAUAAAAUGGUUAAGUCAAACUGAUUCAUAUGUAAGAAAACAAUUCUGUAUUACACCCGAACAACAAACGACAAAUUUAAAUGGAAGUAAUUCCCAACAACAGCCUCUAGUACUAAACAAUAAACCAUCAGUAUUGUUCAAAAAAGAGUCAACACAAGUUAAUUGUAUCAGGGAUGAACCCAAUUAUUUACAUUAUCUUCAAGCAUUCGAUAUUUCUCUAACAGAUGGUGAUACGACUCAACAGCAACGUGGAUCAAAAUAUGAUCAGGAUGGUACAGAUGAUGAAGAGUUUUUAGAUGAAGAUGACGAUGAUAGAGAACACUCUUCAAGUUGUGAUUCACAACAAGAAAGAAAACAAUUAGAUCCAAUUAAACAGUUACCAUUGCCACACAAUGUCGCACAUUCACCUUCAAAUUUUACAUUCCAUCUUCCGCCUACAUCAUCUUCAUUGAAUACGAACAACAAUCAUCAAUAUUUAUUCAAUUAUCCACAAAAUGGUUCACUGAAAAAUGCCAUCACACAUUCUCCGUCCACGACACCUACGUCCGUGGGUACCACAACAAAUCCUAGUCAUAAAACAACAGCAAGUCCAUCCUAUGAAUAUGGACGAUGUCGACGUAAUCGUAUAUUUAUUGAUCCCGCUUCAGAAGUACCAAAAUUAGAACAAUGGUUUUCUAUUGAAACACAUCCUGAUCAUAUAUUAAUCGAACGUAUAUGUCAUGAAUUAAAUGAAGGUGAUUAUCGUACAAAAUUUCCAAAAUUAGAAUCGAAACAUAUUCGACUUUGGUUUAAAAAUCAUCGUGCAAAAGUAAAACGAAUAUGUCGAAUAAACACAACUGAUAUAUCAUCCACACUUCCACUGCCAACAUCCACCACUUCAUCAACAGGUGAUUUAAUAAAUAAAAAUUCGAAUAAAAAUCAAUGUUUGAUAAAUGAUACAGACAUUAUCGAAGAUGAUGUUGAUAUUUGA